AUGACUGCAUUACAGGCCAAGACUGUACAGAUCGCCAAGAAAACUCCUACAUCAUCUGCUGCACCAAUUAAAUUUAUAAUCACAAAAACGGUAAACAGCAAAGCGACUGGUCCACAGUCUCCGGUCAUUGCAGGACGUGUUCUAACUCAGUCCUCGCCUGUUUUGCCGGCCAGAACCAUUACUUUAACAGAGUCUAUUAACACUAGUUUACAGGGUAUCCCAGGAAAAAAAAUUGCUAUUUCCCCCUUGAAGACACCAAGUAAGGUAACUGUAGUAUCUGUGGCAUCUCCAACUCAAAGUGCCCCUCCGAAGACCGUCACUCUGCCUAUGAAUGUAGCACUUGGUCAGCAGAUACUUGCAGUUCAGCAGUCAACAUCAGCGUCACCCGUCAAAGUGGUCUCAAGUCAAGCAACAGCCCAGAAUAUCAAACCUGUGCAGUCUGUGGCAGUGAGUGGUGUGGGUGGUUCUCAGUUCAAAACCCUUAUUCCACUUGCAACACAACCAAAUGUGCAGCAGAUUCAAGUGCCAGGAAGCAGGUUCCAUUAUGUCCGCCUUGUCACAUCAACAACGGCAAGCAAUACAGUCCAACAAGGCGGCCCCACCAAUUCUAUACAGACAGCCAAACCCAUGAUGGUGAGUACAGGAGCAGUAAGGAUGUCUGUCCCAAUUGUCCCUGCACAGUCUGUGAAACAGGUGGCACCGAAACCUUUGACAACGACUGCUCAAAUAUCCACUCCUCAAACUCAACAGCGCCUGAUCAUGCCAGCCACCCCCCUUCCACAGAUCCAGCCCAACUUCACCAAUCUGCCUCCAGGAACUGUACUGGCUCCAGCUCCAGGAGCUGGAAAUGUGGGAUAUGCAGUUGUUCCUGCUCAAUAUGUCACUCAGCUCCAGCAGACACCCUUUGUGACCAUUGCCAGCAGCUCUGCUUAUCCUGCACCAAGUAGCAUCCAGACACAGGCUAGACUACCACUUAAUGGAGUUUCAACAACAGAAUCCACAUCCAGACCAAGAAAACCCUGCAACUGCACCAAGUCCCAAUGUCUCAAGUUGUAUUGUGACUGUUUUGCAAAUGGCGAGUUCUGCAAUAACUGUAACUGUAAUAAUUGCUUCAAUAACCUGGAGCAUGAAACGGAACGCCUCAAGGCAAUAAAGACGUGUUUAGACCGGAACCCAGAGGCCUUCAAGCCGAAGAUUGGCAAAGGUAAAGAAGGCGAAUCUGACCGUCGGCACAGUAAAGGCUGUAACUGCAAACGCUCGGGCUGUCUUAAGAAUUACUGUGAAUGUUAUGAGGCAAAAAUCAUGUGCUCGUCCAUUUGUAAGUGUAUCGGCUGCAAGAACUUUGAGGAGAGUCCAGAAAGGAAGACAUUGAUGCAUUUAGCAGAUGCAGCAGAAGUCCGAGUGCAGCAGCAAAUGUCUGCAAAGACCAAACUUUCGUCUCAGAUCUCUGACCUUCUCAUGAGGACGGCUCCAGUUAUUUCUACAGGGGGCGGAAGGUUACCGUACACAUUUGUGACAAAAGAGGUUCUUGAAGCGACGUGUGAGUGUCUGCUGGAGCAAGCCAAGCGCUCAGAACAAUCUCAUCAGCCUCAGCCUGAAGCAGAGAGGAUGAUCCUUGAAGAGUUUGGACACUGCCUUAUGAGGAUCAUAAGCUCAGCGGGGAAAGCUAAAGUUGACUUCAGGGGCACGGACGUAGAGAUGAAACUCAAAGAAAUCAACCGGACAGCCAUGCUAUGCUGGAGUCCAGCUCAGCAUCACCCCAUCUAUUUAACCACAGGGACCUCAGCGCAGCAGCUAGAUGCCUCUUUCAGCACAAGUGCUUCCUUGGAGCUAUUUGAAUUAAACUUGGCUGAUCCCUCUUUAGACAUGAAGUCUUGUGGCACUUUCUCAUCUUCACAACGAUAUCACAAACUUGUUUGGAGUCCAUUUGGCAUUGAUGGGCAAGGUCUGACCUCUGGCGUUCUUAUUGCUGGAGGAGAGAAUGGAAACGUCAUUCUUUAUGAUCCUGCAAAGAUUCUGUCUAGAAACGGCAAUGUGAUUAUUGCAGAGGGUGCUAUGCACACAGGGCCAGUGCGAGCGCUUGAUGUUAACCCAUUUCAGACAAAUCUAGUUGCAUCGGGUGGAAAUGAAUCUGAAGUCUACAUAUGGGAUAUAAAUAACUUUAAAUCUCCAAUGACACCUGGACCCAAGACGCAGCCGCUAGAAGACAUCAGUUGUGUCGCAUGGAACAGACAAGUCCAACACAUCCUGGCUUCUACCACACCAAGUGGACGGACAUCCGUGUGGGAUCUACGCAAGAAUGACCUAAUCAUUAAAGUCUGUGACCACAGCAACAGAAUGCAUUGUUCUGGGAUGGCCUGGAAUCCAGAAGUUGCAACACAAUUACUUAUGGCUUCUGAGGAUGAUCGAAUGCCCGUGAUUCAAAUGUGGGAUCUGCGUUUUGCAUCUUCUCCCCUCAAAGUUUUAGAAAACCACACUCGUGGUGUUUUGGGUGUUGCAUGGAGCUUAGCUGAUCCAGAGCUGCUUCUUAGCUGUGGCAAGGACGGGAGGAUUCUUUGCUGGAAUCCAAAUACUGAAGAGAUUUUAUAUGAACUCCCUACUGGCAACCAGUGGUGCUUUGACAUUCAGUGGUGCCCAAGGAACCCUGCAGUUUUUUCUACAGCAGGCUUCAAUAGCUGCAUAGAUAUUUAUUCCAUUAUGGGAGGCACCAGUCAAGCUCAGAGCCAGAGACAUGUGGACCAGAUUAGCACCUCGUUUGGAAACAUGGAUCCCUUUGGAACAGGACAGAUCCUGCCUCCGCUGGAGCUGCCUCAGAGUGGCUCUGUGUCCACGACAGUUACCCCCUUAAAGAAGCCUCCUAAAUGGAUACGGAGACCUGCAGGAGCAACCUUUGCUUUUGGAGGGAAACUUGUGUCUUUGGAAAUUGUCAAACCAAAUCCUCAGCAGCCGGGUCUUCAUGCUGUGCACGUGAGCCAAGUCGUUACAGAGACAGGAUUAUUGAAGCGCUCCAGUCAGCUGCAGGACACAAUCCACUCAGGACAAUUUGAGGAGUUUUGCAGAGGAAAAAUCAACUUGACCGAGAAUGAAUUUGAAAAGACUGUCUGGUCUUUUCUCAGGGCCUAUUUUGACCCUGACACCCGCUCAAGUUUUCUGGAGCUUCUUGGUUACAAUAAAGAACAAGUAGCCCUGAAGAUUUCUGCUGCAUUAACUGAAAAGCCUGCAGAGCCUGUUGCAGACCUUCAUGCUACAGCAGAAGUUAAUCCUGAGGCUGCGUUUGACCUGAUAGCUGCUGCAAACCUGUGUCCAGCAGCCCCAGAGCUGCUCUCUGCUCAGCCUCCAGAGAGUGUGCAAUCACAAGAAGUGAAAGCUGAAGACAAGGAUGAUCUUUUCAUGGAUCCCAAUAAUGAUAUUGUUGACCAUAAUCAGGAAGCAGAUGUUUCUGCUGAACAGCAACGGGAUGAGGAAGUCAUUAUGGAGCAGGAAGUAAAUGUCAUGUUGAAUGAAAGUAAGGAUCUUACUUACUAUUCUGAGCCUCAGGUUAUUUUAUCUGAAGAUCUUCAAGCCCCUACAGAGGAACCAUCACAAGAUCUGUUUCAAAAUGAACUCCGAGCUCCUAUGGAGGAACCAGCCCAAGAUAUGUUUGUCCAAGAUCUCCAAGCCCCUACGGAAGAACCAUCACAAGAUCUUUUUGAACAAGAUCUCCAUGCUCCUACGGAGGAACCAGCUCCAGACCUGGUUCCAGGAGAUGUCAGAGCUCCUAUGGAGGAACCAUUAAAGGACAUGUUUCAAAACGAUCUCCAAGCUCCAAUGGAAGAUCCUGUCCAAUACACGUUUCCAGUAGAUCUCCAAGCUCCUAUAGAGGAAGCAUCCCAAGAUCUGUUCCCAGGAGAUGUCAGAGCUCCUACGGAGGAACCGUUACAGGAUCUGUUUGAAAACAAUCUCAAAGCUUCUAUGGAAGAACCAUCACAAGAUCUUUUUGAACAAGAUCUCCAACCUCCUAUGGAGGUACCAGUUCCAGAUAUGUUUCUAGGAGAUGUCAGAGCUCCUCCAGAGGAACCGCCACAGGAUCUGUUUGAAAAUGAUCUCCAACCUCAUUUGGAGGAACCAGCCCCAGAUAUGUUUCCAGUAGAUCUCCAACCUCCUUUGGAGGAACCAGCCCCAGAUAUGUUUGCAGGAGUUCCUGCAGAGGAACCGUCACAGUAUCUGUGUGAAGAAGAUCUCCCACCUUCUAUUGAGCAACACAAUAUUUUUCCCAAAGAUCUGCCACCUCCUAUUGAGGAUCUUAUUGCUGGUGGAGAAAUGCUUCAGAAUUCUCUUUCUGAAGUUGAAUCUUUUAGUGAAGAUCCUAUUGAGAAAGUAUUCCAAAUUCCUUCUGAGAAAUUGGUCAUUGCUGAUGUUCCUCGCCCAUCUGCAAAUGAUGUCACACAGAUUACCCCUGAAGUCAACCCUAACCCUGGCCUGAGUCAAGAUGUUGACGAGCUGAUUACUCGAGCACUGCUCACUGGAAAUUUUGAAGGAGCAGUGGAACUCUGUCUUCAUGACAACCGUAUGGCAGACAGUAUUAUCCUGGCUCUCGCUGGAGGAGCUGAACUUCUAGAGAAAACUCAAACGAAGUAUUUCAUCAAGUCGCCAAGCAAGUUAUCUAAGCUUAUAAGUGCAGUGGUGAUGAAGGACUUGCAUGCCAUCAUGAGCACCUGUGAGCUGCAAAACUGGAAAGAAGCCCUGGCUUCUGUUAUGACCUAUGCUGACACCCAGGAGUUUUCUUCCCUCUGUGAUCUUCUUGGUGGCAGAUUAGAGGGAGCAAACGACCUCCAGCUGCAGGCACAGGCCUCUCUCUGUUACAUCUGUGCUGGAAAUUUGGAGAAACUGGUGUCUUGCUGGAUCAAGGCACAGGAAAGACACGGCCCUCUCUAUCUACAGGACCUGGUGGAAAAGGUGGUUGUGAUGCGACAUGCAGUAGAGACUCAGAAGUCGAGUCCUCUUGCAGUUGGGGAUCUGCUUGCUGAGAAGAUGAGCGAGUAUGCAAACUUGUUAGCUUCUCAAGGUUGCUUGUCUACAGCUGUUAUGUACUUACCUGAUGAACCCAAUCACGUUUGUGUUCGGCUUCUUCGUGAACGUCUGAACUGUGCUCUGAGUCGGCAGGACCCAGCAUGUUCCAAAACCCAAAGUGUCGCUUGUAAGGUUCCUCCCCUUCAGACUCCUACAGCGGCUCAGUCCAAUAACCCAUACUCUGCAGUCCAGCCCAUCUCCACUGCUCCGGCUCCUGCCCAGCCUCACUUCUAUCAGCCUGUCAGGGCCGCCUCUACUGUCACCUCAUGGAGUAAUCAAACUCCAACAGCCUUUCCUCAUGUACCUACUGCUGCUGCCUCAGACCCAUCUAAGGUGGAGCUGCCAAACCCUAUGUGCGGAAUGCCAACAACUGAAAACGCUGCUGUCCCUUCUGUGCCUUUUGUGCCUUCCCAUCAAUACCUGCCCCAGGUUACCCAGUACCCACAGGGAGCUGGAGGGCCUCGUAUGUAUCGGCCUGAUCAGUACUCUUCUCCUGUGACGCCUGUUUUGGCUGAAGCCUCUGCUCCUCCUCACCCUCCUGGCUUUCUCUCUCAGUACUCUCAGCAUGUCCCGCCUCAAACCUCCUUCACCCCUUUCAGCAGUCCAAGUGCAUCCUUCGCUUCUCCCAAUCUGUUUACAAUAACUUCUUCGUCAACAAACUCUGCUAUUCCUCCGCCCUCGAUAGCGGACUUCCAGCACAGUGGCCCUGGCUCUCCGGGGUCCUACGUGCCGCUGCCUCCACAGAAUGGAUUCUCAGCACCUCAAAAUGGUUGGAAUGAUCCCCCAACACUGGUCAGAGGUCCAAUGAAGAAGCAGGUUCCAGAAUACUACUCUCCUCCUGCGCCCAUCACUUCCCCCAUUAUGGCUCCGAUGGGCGUCGACCUCCAACCUCCACAGACUCAGGUCUCCUCCUCAGGCCACCAGCAGCCUGCUUCUCCCUUCAUCAACUCCAUGAGCACAAGUGCCUCAAACGCCAGCUCUGAGGGAGCCCCUGGAGCUCUUGUUGGCGAUGUCAUCCAGCCUCCCCAAUCGCUGCCAUCUGAGCAGAUCACAAAGACCAUUCCUGAGGAGCACCUUCUUUUAAAGACCACAUUUGAGAGCCUUAUCCAAAACUGUUUAAUCGUGGCAACAGACCCGCAAACUAAAAGGAAACUUGUUGAUGCCAACAAGCGUUUGGAAACACUUUAUGACAAACUGAGCGAUCGAACUCUGUCCCCAGCGAUUGUAGGAGGUCUUCACAACAUUGCUCAAAGUAUUGACUCUCGAUCCUACGCAGAAGCCCUCAAGAUCCACACACAUAUUGUAAGCAGCAGCAACUUCAGUGAGAUCUCAGGUUUUAUGCCUGUACUCAAAGUAGUGUUAACACAAGCCAACAGACUGGGGGUUUGA